GAAAGUUAGAAGAGUUUAUUCCUGCCAAUUUUGGUGCCAUUUCUGGUGAACCCACACGGGACAACUGCCUGGUGUCCCCUGAGGCUCUGGGAUUUUCCAUGCUGGCACUUUCCUGGAGAAAAUCCCAGAUUCCCCCAGAUUCCUUUGGAACACAGGAAAAAUUUGCUAUUCUAGGACAAGAAGGUUGCCCUUACAUCAGGGAUGAGUUUGAAGCCCAGCAGAUAAAAAUGGGUUGAAAAAGCAAAACAAGAGUGGCAGAAAGAAGAAAACUCUUGGAUGAGGUUGGCUUAACUCAUGGCUACCAAGCUGGGAACUGCUACUAAAUGCAUUUGUGGAGUCAUCUGUAACCACUGCAGAGUGUUCACUUGUUUGUGUUUACUUGUUGUAACACUUGGUGCUGAAAAAUAAAGUGUUGUGACUUGCCUAAAAGAGGCAGUCUCAAGAAAAAGGAAGGAUUUGGUAAAUAACAAAGAGAAUAAAACAUUUCAGCUCCCCUUAAGCUGCUGAGAGAGAGCAGAGUGUUUUUUUAUGUGUUCAUUUCAGAGCAGCUGACCCAACUGCAGGAAUGUGACUCAUGGCCCCUCCAGCAAAAGGAUCAGGAGCAGUUUCUGGGUUGCUGCAAGAGCCCCACGGGAGGUAAAGGUGAUGAAGAUGAGAGGAACCUGGCUGGGUGUGACCCUGGGACAGCUGCUGGCUCUGGGACACAGGCACAAAUGGAAAAACAUGAUGGAUUCCAGAAAGUUCAGGCUGUUUGUCUGCCUGGUGGGGCUCAGCAGUGCCAGCCUCUGGCUUUUCCACACCUGGACCGACUUCUGCCUGCUCUGUGAGAGCAGCCAGGGUUUCCUGCUCCCCACGGAGACCUUCAGGAGGAUGGAGGGGAACUUCUCCCAGCUCCCAGAUGUGGACUGCCACAAGAACCCUCCCUUCCUUGUGCUGCUGGUGGCGUGCUCGUUCCAGCAGCUGGAUGCCAGGAUGGCCAUCAGGCACAGCUGGGGCAGGGAGAGGACGGUGGCGGGGAAGCGCCUGGUGACCUUGUUCCUGCUGGGGAGCCCUGGGGACCCAACCCAGCAGGCUGGCCUGGCUGCUGAGAGCCAGAGCUACAGAGACAUCAUCCAGAAGAACUUCACUGACACCUACUACAACCUGACCCUGAAGACCAUGAUGGGGAUGGAGUGGAUCCACAGGUUUUGUUCCCAGGCCAGCUUCGCCAUGAAAACCGACACGGACGUGUUUGUCAACGUGUUUUACCUCACUGAGCUGCUCCUGAGGAAAAAGAAGAGCACUGGCUUCUUCACAGGCUUUUUAAAACUGCACGAGUACCCCAUCAGGACAAGAAGGAGUAAGUGGUAUGUGAGUAGGGAAGAGUAUCCAGGAGCAACCUACCCACCCUUUUGUUCAGGGACUGGAUAUGUUUUAUCCAGCGACGUUGCCAGCCACAUCUACAACAUUUCUGAGAGUGUUCCCUUCAUUAAACUGGAGGAUGUGUUCAUAGGGCUGUGCCUGGACAAAUUAAAAAUUCAGCUGCAGGAGCUUCACUCGGAGCAGACGUUUUUCCCAGAAAGGAUCAGGUUCUCUGUUCCUCGCUUCAGGAAAAUCGUGACGUGCCAUGGAAUCAAACCAGCUGAGCAGCUGAGCUACUGGAACCACUUGGUGGCAGCCACUCAAGGAGGAGUGCUCUAGCACCUACCUCGCCCCACUGAACAGGGCUUUUCCAGGGCUGCUCCCCACUCCAGCAAAAUCCCAAUUAACUCCAGCUCCGUCACGUCAAAGGCUUUAGAAAUGGUUGUUUUAAUCACAGGAUCAGAGAAUUGUUAAGGUGGGAAAAGAUCUCCAAGAUCAUUGAGUCAAACCUUUGACUAAACACCACCUGGUCAGCUAAACCAGAGCACUGGGUGCCACAUCCAAUCAUUCCUUGAAUACCUCCCUGGGCAGCCCCUUCCAGUGCCCAAUGAUUUCCCAAUCCAGUCAUUCCUUUCCUUCCUUUCCUUUUCUUUUCAAAUCUUUCUUGGCAAUGACUUCCCACAUCCAGUCAUUCCUUGAAUACCUCCCUGGGCAGCCCCUUCCAGUGCUCAACCACCCUUUCUGUGAAAAAAUUCCCUAUUUCUGCCCAAGAACCUGCAAACCUCCUUCUCUCCAUUCACUCCCACCUCUGUGCAUCCCUUCUCUACACAAGUUACAAUUUUUUUUCCUGAAACAUCCAGGCCUGCUAACCCACUCCAAAUCUUGCUGCCAGAGGCCUGGGAACAUUUCUGCUGUGCCAAACAAAAAGAGAAAAAAGUCAAAGCACUUUUGUUCGGGGAAUAAAAUCUGCAGCAUCUUCUUGAUGAAUUACUGCACCCAUCUGUGCAGGCACUUAAGGGAUGAUAUUUGUAGCUGUCAGGAUGCUCCCUCCUGGCAUAGGGAGCUGCAGCCCUGCCCUUGCAGCCAGCUCUGAGUGGGCUGAGCUGCAUCCUGGCACAGAUCCCUCCUUCAGUCUACACCAAUUUUUUAUUUUUUAUUUUUUUUUUUGCAGAGAUGGUAGAAUUUGCCCAUGCAACACUCUCAGGACAACCUUGGGCACUGCAGGUCACCUGGUGGAGGUGUAAAAGCUGCUGCAGCUGCUUCCUUGUGUGUGCUUCCUGCUGAAAAUAAUCCAGUGAUGGAGCCAGUGCAGGGCGCCUGCUCUUCCUAUUGAAAUAGACCCUGGAGACAUCUUUUAUAUUUGUGUCUCACUUUGAUUGCCUGAGAGCUGCUGUGAAUGGUUUGCCAAGGCUAAACCAGAGUCACUUACAGUGAUUUAGACUUUUUUUUUUUUUUUCCCAAAGAGAAACUGGGUGUGUGAGGGAGAAGACAGGAGGAGUUUUC